GCCCGAUCCAUGUCCUGUCAAGUCUGAACAGUUGUAGGAACGGCCGGACAGUUGCUCAGAUGUCAGACGGAGAAGAAAGGACGGCGAAUAGCGACUCGCCGACUCCACUUCCAGUUUCCGGCCGCGAGCGCAAAAUGAAGUUUGCCCGACCCGUCAAAUACACCGCACCAUCUCUCUUUUUCCGAUCGAGCUUUCCACUCUCUUCAAGACUUGUUUUGCUGAUCUCUUGAUAGCUGGUGUGAGAUUUUCCCUCAGACGAUGGUGACUGCACAGAUGUAUCCGAAACCCUAGAAUUUUCUUUUUAGUGGGUUUGCAAAGCUGAACAUGAAGAUAAAUUGGUUUUUACAGUUAUUUGCUCUUUGUUUUCAUAUGGAUCUUUGGCAAGGUUGCUUCAUACCUCAUAACAGUCCCAAAACGAAGAUUGUACUUUCUUGUUCUUCCCGGUGGUAGGCAUCAGGGGCUAGAACUGAACUUCCAUACUGCAAUACCUGUUUUCUGGCCCAAUGGAUUGAAUCGUAGGAGAACUGUACAAUACUUCUAGCUGAUAAAUUCAUUCUUGUACUUCCUCUUUGAUAAAUGACUGUAUUAAUUAAUCAAUGAGAAAGGGGAACAAAUCUGAAGCUUAUGCAUUGGAC